AUGGAGCACUUCCUGACCACUCCAAGCGAGCUGGUGCUGCAGCGGGGCCAGGCCCAGCUGCUCCUGGGGAAGGCGGGCGGGCACUCCCGGCGGAAGAGGGAAUUCAUGCCAGAUGACAAGAAGGACACCAUGUACUGGGAGAAGAGGCGCAAGAACAACGAGGCCGCCAAGCGCUCGCGGGAGAAGCGGCGCCUCAACGACGUGGCCAUGGAGAGCCAGCUGGCAGCGCUGAGCCGCGAGAACGCCGUGCUCAGGACAGAGCUGCUCUCCCUCAAGCUGCGCUUCGGGCUCCUCAACCCCGCGCCCAGCCCCUACCAGGGCCACCCCCUUGGGUUCUACCUCAGGGGGCACCGGGCAGCCUCACCCCUGCUGGGUGUGGAGCCCUUUGCUGGUGACUCCUGCUGCCCUGCCCAGAAGAGUUUUGUGCCCAAGGUGCUGGAACCGGCUGCGUUUCCUUGCAAGACCUUCAACCCUUCCACAAACAUCCUCGGCUGCGACUCCAAACCCAUUCCCGUGGACACACGUGGCCUCCAGCAACCCAAAAGGUUUGAGGAAUCCUUCAGCCCCAAAAGGUUUGAGGAAUCCUUCAGCCCCAAAAGGUUUGAUGCACCCUUCAGCCCCUCAGUUUGCUCCCCAUUCCUCAGCUACCCCUGCCCAGACAAACACCCCUUCCCCUGCCCUUGGCUGGGCAGCGCCUGCUUCUUGUGCCCAUCGCCCGCCAUGGCCGAGGCCAGGAAGGAGAGCAGCACUGUGGUGUCGGAUGAAGAUGACGAGCAACAAGUGCCCAAAACUUCUCCUGUGCCCUCCUGCAGCCUGCCCUGCCCCUCAGAAGAGCAGCUGAAGGGCCGGAGCUUUGCUGCUCUCCCACACAAGCUCCGGAUUAAAAGCAAAGCUCUGGGCACUCUGGAGGAGACUGGGCUGGACUCACACUGA